UUUAGCUCUUCCUCUACAUUUUCCACACAAAAAUCAAACAUGAGCCGCCAUCCUCCUGUCAAGUGGGCUCAGAGGUCUGAUGAGGUAUACAUAACUGUGGAGUUGCCUGAUGCCCAGGAUGUGAAGCUUAAACUGGAGCCAGAAGGAAAGUUUUACUUCUCUGCGACCACUGACGCAGAAAAGAUACCUUACGAAAUUGACAUUGACCUGUUUGACAAGGUUGAUGUAAAUAAUAGCAAGGUUUGUGUCGGCUCGAGAAGUAUCUUCUACUUAGUGGCAAAGGCUGAGGACAAAUGGUGGGACAGAUUGUUGAAGCAAAGAGGGAAACCUCCUGCCUUUUUGAAAGUUGAUUGGGAUAAGUGGGUGGAUGAACAUGACGAGGUGGACGUAGACGGUAAAAUUGGAGCCGAUAUGGACUUUGGCAACUUCGAUUUUUCUAAAUUGAGCUUGGGUGGAGGUGAGGAACUGGAUACCGAAGCGACCAACAAUGCUGAUGAUGAUGAGAGUGACUCUGAAGAUGAGGUAACAGGACAAACAUCAAUUGAUAAUGAAGCUGACACAAAAGAGAAGGUGGAUGUUGCAAAUGAAGCUGACACAAAAGAGAAGGAAGCUGACACAAAAGAGAAGGUGGAUGUUGCAAGAACUGACCCAAUUAAGAAAAGUGUAAGAGUGAAGAAAGCCCCUGUUUGGGCCAAAGACUACUAUAUGGGCUAAGCACUGCUGUAAUUUGCAUUCAUAAUAAUAAAUUGUCCUAGGCCAAAAAAAAUAAUAAUAAUCAAUUGUGUAUCUCAUACCUUCUUCUAUUUUUUUAAGUAGGGCUUCACAUGGAUCGGAUAAUAUCCGCAUAUCCGCGGUAAUUAUCCGCAUCCAAUCCGAAUUUUGCGGAUAUUAUCCCAUCCACAUAGCCAUCGGAUCCAAUCCGCACUAUGA